ACUAUUAGGAUUAUUAAAAAAAUAACUAUUAUAUAGGAUGAGUUCCAACAUGUUCUGUUGUACUUUCUCCUGUGCUCCAAACCCGAAUUUUAAUGAAUGAACACCGAUAGGGUGUCUUGUCUUCUUUAGCAAUACCUGAGCAAAUUUGUUGUCAAUGCUUGUCAUACUUGAUUGCUUUACACGGCUGUAUGUCAGCUAUGCCCGUGUUUAUGUGUAAAUGUUAGGCUUGAUUUUAGCUGGUAGACCAUAUAGGGCAAUAUUCUUCAAAAAUCGACAAUUAGAUGUUGCAUUCACUGGAUUCGAUUGUUUUGCUUUUAUGUUUAUCAUUUGUCCUGUUUCUUUGCUAAUAGUCCAGCAAUCUCAUAUAUAUUGCUAAUAUGUCUUUUGAGCAUGUUGAAUACUCAUUAAACAGAAUAGUUGCAGCGUAAUCCCGUGAGUGGGAGGUGAAGAAAUUGUGAUUUUGGCCUGCAUCUGAAAGGUGGAUUAUAGCUUAGUUGUUUGUGUUCAAUAUGGAGGACAUGUUUAAAGUCAAUAUGGAGGACAUAUCUAAAGUCAUUCCAUGGGUUGGGUACAUAUUCCAGAAGUUAGAAGAUAUGUGUUUGGAAAUGGAUGAGAUCGUGAAGCAGUAUGAGGUUCAAAAUGAUGAAAGCCAGUUGGAGAUGGAGAAUGGGAAUGUUAGAGAAUGUAGCUCAGAAGUCAUGCAAGAUGUGCUCCCUCCAUCUUCUGUGGACAUAGAGAAAGAAGAAGAUUCUGACUUGUCUGUGGCAGGAAACAUUGAUGGAACCACCCAUGAAAAGUCUGGAGAAUGUAUUGGUGAAAAACAUUUUAAAGAGGGACCUUCCAAAAGAGAUCAUUUGCUAGAUUCAUCUUUUGUGGAACCUAUAAAGAGCAUGGAUAUUGGUUUAUCUUUUGAGGAAAAUGUCAAUACUGGUACGAAUGUAAAGGUUGAAUUUAGUAUCAACAAAAAUCCUACUAAGGAGAAACAAACCUCUAGAAAGAAGAAUUCAAGAGUGAGACAGUUAUCCCAUCAAUUCCAAGCUGAUAAUGAGAUGACAUUAGAUAGUAGAGCGGAAAUGUUGCUGCCAUUUCUAGAUGAUGUCAAAGGGUCUAACUCUUUCAAGAAAAUAGCAGAAGAGAUAGAUGCUGAUGCUUGUGAUGACAUACUACCCCCUGACUCUGUUGGUUUGGUUGAGUCCAGGGAGAGUAAAGUCAUGGAAGUUGAACUUCGCUGUGGUGAUACCACAACACAAUCAAUUGAGAGGUAUUGUGGAUCCGUUGAUGAAGGGUCUAGAGAGGAUGAUGUUACCAAGCAAGGCAUACAAACUGUUCAACCAUCUGAUAAAGUGCAGCUUGAUGAAAAUUCUGUUAUGGUACCAUAUUGCAGUGAACUUUAUACCGUCUCUUGUGAAGAAUCAAAAGACCGUUCUUUCAAGAAAGACUCUAAUGAAGCCUUUGCUUCAAAACUAGGGUUGAAGAAGAAGAAGAAGAAGAAGGAAGAUGAGCAAAAUGCAACCUGUUAUGAUGAUUUUAAUGUAGAAUUGGAUCAACAAAGAGGAAAAGGUUCCAAAUCAUAUCUUGCUGAAAACCCUGAUACACCAGACCAAGAAUCCUCUGAAUCUGACUGGGAGAUUGUUUAAAUCAAUUACCAUUAUGUCUACAGAUGAGUGGGUAGUUCAACUGGUUUGGUGGCCUUGAUUAUGCUGAUGAAAAUGCGGAUUAACAAAAGUUUCCUCUUUUUAUUUAUUUAUUUAUUUUUAUUUUUUACAAAUGCUUUAAAUUAUUUGAUAUCUUCAAUCAAAUUUACACUGUUAGAUACAGUGAGUCCUUCUUAAGGCGGAAGAUAUCCAUUUAUUCACAGGUGGAUUUUUGGUUCAGAUAUACAUAUUUCUUUAGAAAAAGAUCCUCUCCCAUUCAAAUCAUCAAUUUUCUCCACUUCCUUGGAGUUUAAUCCAUUUUUAUUUUUAAUUUGCUUACUAGAGAUUUCAUAUUUCCAUAGAAGGAAAAAUUAAAAAUAUUGAGGGCUUCCCAAUCUUCUCCAGUAUUCUGCAAGAGCAUAAGGAUCUUUGAAGGAUAGACGAGAGUCUCCUUCAUGCCAUUGUCCUUGGUAAGUGUAUCCAUUAAUGAGAACGAGAU